AUGGCAUCUUCUUCCUCAUCUUCCAAGGGAAAGAAAAAGUUUAGACAACCAAUGCUAUGGAGUCAGUGGAAGCGUGCAUCUUCUUCGUCCCACAAAGCAAGUGAGGAUCAUCGUGUUUUCUCUGGAAUCGAACCUCAUGGCAUGAGGAGGAAAAUUUCUGAAUCUUCAAGAUUAUUUGAUGUCUUCAUCAACCAUAGAGGUCCUGAUGUGAAAAAUACUCUGGCCCUUCAGCUUUACAAAUCCCUUGAGAAGUUGAGAAUACGGGCGUUUCUUGAUUCGGAAGAGAAAGAGCUUGGAGAUUCGUUUCCAUCCACCAUUCAGAAAGCCAUCCGCUCUGCAGCAGUUCACAUAGCCAUCUUCUCCAAAGGAUAUGCAGAGUCCCCAUGGUGUUUGGCGGAGCUGGUUCUCAUGUUGCAGACUAAAGCUAAGAUUAUUCCAGUGUUUUGUGACGUGACACCUUGGGCACUACGCCACAUAGAAAAAGGAGUCUAUGCCAAUGCAUUCAAUCAAUAUCGCGAGAAAUCCAGGUAUUUGGAUAAAGUUGAGGAAUGGAAGACAGCCCUCCAAUCUAUUUCAUUUAUUGCCGGUGAAGAGCUCAACUGUGACUGCAAGAAAAUAGUGUCAGCAGUGCAAAAGGAGGUACAAAGAAAGAAAUGUUUAACUGUUGCCAAAUAUCCAGUAGGACUUCCUAACCUUGUAGAACAGUUUCAAAAGCAGUGCAUUGCUAAGGUUGUCCAUGAUUUCGACAGCCAGUGUCGGAUGAACAAACAAGGAGCAGGGGAAGCUAAGAUUGUUGGGAUUUUUGGCAUGGGUGGUGUAGGAAAAACAACUCUCUCCAAAGAAUUGUUCAACCGAAAGCAUCCAGAUUAUGAUCGAUCCUGUUUUCUGUUUGAUGUUCGGGAAGCCUCUCAGAAAAGCAAUUUAACUUCUUUGCAAAGGAAGCUCCUGGGAGAUCUCUUUGAUGAAGAUCGUCAAAGCUUUCAUAGCGUAGAGGAAGGCACGAGUAUUCUCAGCGAUCGAAUCCGAAGGAGCCACAAUUUAAGCUUCCUAAUUGUUCUAGAUGAUAUUGAUCACAUGGAACAGUUAGAUGCUCUAUUGAUCAGCGAUAUGAUGGAUAAAUUUGGUAAUAGUCUAGUAAUUGUUACGACUCGUGAUGUGGGAGUGCUCAUAAGCGCAGGAAUAUCGGUUGCUUAUAAUUUGAAAGGAAUGGAUACAACAGAUGCGAAAGAGCUGUUUUGUUGGCAUGCUUUUCGCCGACCUUAUCCACUCAGUGGAUACGAGGAGCUCGUUGAUCUCUUCGUAGGUGUGUGUGGUGGCUUACCGCUGUCUCUUCAAGUUCUGGGCAGGCGCAUGUUCAUGGCGAAGAUCAGAAGUUUUGGGAGAGAAUUGACGACAGACGCCAUCAGAGUGUGGGAGGGAUCAGGAUGGAGCGCUCAACAUGCACUGCGAAGACUCAAAAAUAAGUGUCUAGUUGAAGAAAUGAAAGAUUAUAAUUUCAGGUGGCACUCAGAAUAUUCCAUUGAAGAAAUGUUAGUAUUGAGAAUGCAUGACCAUUUGCGGGACUUGGGACGAGAAAUGGCAGAUGAAUCGACUCAUCCUAGUCGCCUGUGGCGUUCUCCAUCUUUGACAUCAAUGCGAUACGAAAACGUAUUCACCGAAAGCAAAGGUAGAUUUUUGGGUCAUUUCUGGGAACCGUCAGGUAUCACUGUCAGAUUCUUUGUAGGUGUAACAGAGAAAAAGGCUGAGGCGACAAUCCCUUUAUUAUGGCUUGAGCUAAGAUUACAUCGGUAUCCAUUCACAAACAUUCCUCGAUGGAUUCCUCUUCAAAAUUUGGAAUCUUUACGAAUCAUUAAUGGAGGUCUGAAAAGAUUAUGGCAGAAUGAUGUACAGGCACCCGUAUGGCUAAAAGAACUUCAGCUCUCUAACGUAUCUGGACUGUCUGAGCUAAACUUAGGUCGUCUGCGCUGUCUGGAAAAAAUCACAUUUUAUGAUUGCAGAGAUCUGAAAAAUGUGACAGGGAUAUCUGAACUUACGAAGCUAGCAGAAUUGAAGAUUUGCAAAUGUCCAGAGCUUGGGUUUGACGAAGUAAAUUUUGGCAAACUCAGCUGGUUGAAGAUAAUUGCUAUUGACAACUGUAAGAAGCUGGUGAAAAUAACAGGCAUUGAAAACUUGCAUUCAUUGGAAAGAAUGCAACUCUUAUAUUGCAGCAAUCAAACAAUUAGGGAUUACAUUCUAAAGAUGGAGAAGGUGCCAUCAGACUUUAUUCAACUAAUUGGUAGAGCAGCAGAUGGAGCAGUGUCAGCCCUAAAUAGAAGUCUCUUUCGUGACGCAGAUAUUAAUGUCGAUUCAGCCAUCAAAAUUGGCAAAAAGGCGAUUAACGACAUCAUCAACAAAGGACGUGAUGCAAAUCCAUGGCAGAGAUUUUACGUUCAAGAAGGCGAAUGGGUUAUGACCUCGGUAACUACUAAACAGGAUGAAGUAAACAAUUAUUUUGUUAACAGGAAUAAUCCACGCUUUGGUUAUUGCUCUCCCUUUAAAAGGAACGGUAGAGCAAUCCAUCAUCGAAUAGCGAACACGUCGUCCAUAUGGACAAUGACAGUCACUGUGAAGAAAGGUGAAAAAUAUAAAAUUCCGAAUGUAAUACAUGAAAUUGUUGAUCGGCUAUAUCAAAUUUGA